AUCGCGAUCUCGCAGAAGCGAGACUUUGGUGCCAUCUUGAUUAAAGAAGAAAAGAGGCAGAGGAAAUGUCGGUGAACUUGUUCAACUUCUAGUAAUUAGUCAUACACUUGAGAAGUAAAGGCCUGCAUUCUGAGCCUGUUGAUGACUAGCAAGUAUUGAUGAAUGCUGAGUAAGCCAGCCUGACCAUGUCGGACAGCUUUGAUGAGGGGGAGAAACCCCCUGCCCCUCCCGUGAGGCAUACUAGUACUAUGAGGGAUGGAAAUUUGCCACAAGAACAUAAACCACUGCCAAAAGAACCCGACGAAAGGAAAAAGACAAAAACUCCCAAAAGUUUAAAUUCCAAAAAGUUGAAAGAAAAUGAGAAGCCAAUUAUUUCAAAUCCCUCCAACUUUGAGCACACAGUCCAUGUGGGCUUCGAUCCCCAUACCGGAGAAUUCACGGGGAUGCCUGAGUCGUGGGCCAAACUUCUUUCUCAGUCUAACAUCUCUAAGAUGGAGCAGAAGAAGAAUCCACAGGCUGUUCUGGAUGUCCUCAAUUAUUAUGAUGCUACAAACAAAGAGCAGCAGGAACCCAAAAUGAAGUAUAUGACCAAUAUCAAACCACCUAGUGCUGAUUCCAUGCGUCCCACACUCUCUGACAAAUUCUCCAACAAUGUUGUUAUAUCACCUCAAAAGGUUGAACAAGCAACACAUGCCUCUGAAGAAGAGGAAGAAGAAGCUCCCCCUCCUGUUGCCACUCGACCCGACAAAACAAAGUCUAUUUAUACAAAGCCAAUUGAACCUGAAGAAAAAGCUAAUGGUGCUAUCGCUACAAGUAAAAAUGAUAAACCCAAGAAACGUAAAAUGACAGAUGAAGAAAUUCUAGAAAAAUUACGCACAAUUGUGACCAUUGGUGAUCCAAAUAGGAAAUAUACAAAAAUGGAAAAGAUUGGCCAAGGUGCAUCAGGAACUGUGUAUAUUGCAAUAGAAGUGGCUACCGGAAGGGAGGUGGCCAUUAAAACAAUGAACUUGUCUCAACAACCAAAGAAAGAACUUAUUAUCAAUGAAAUUUUAGUGAUGCGGGAAAAUCAGAAUCCCAAUAUUGUGAAUUAUCUGGAUAGUUAUUUGGUCGGGGAGGAAUUAUGGGUUGUUAUGGAAUAUUUAGCUGGAGGAUCUCUUACUGAUGUUGUCACAGAAACGUGUAUGGAUGAGGGACAGAUAGCAGCUGUUUGUAGAGAGUGUUUACAAGCUCUAGAAUUUUUACACGAGAACCAAGUAAUUCAUCGAGACAUUAAGAGUGACAACAUACUGCUGGGAAUGGAUGGAAGUGUCAAAUUAACUGACUUUGGCUUUUGUGCUCAGUUAUCUCCAGAACAAAGUAAAAGGUCGACAAUGGUGGGCACACCUUAUUGGAUGGCACCAGAGGUCGUCACUAGGAAACAAUAUGGUCCAAAAGUGGAUAUUUGGAGUUUAGGUGUGAUGGCCAUUGAAAUGAUUGAGGGAGAACCACCAUAUCUGAAUGAAAAUCCAUUAAGGGCUCUGUAUCUAAUAGCAACAAAUGGUAAACCUGAAAUCAAAGAGAAACACAAACUCUCCCCUGUCUUCCAAGAUCUCCUAGAUAAAUGUUUGGAGGUUGAUGUAGAAAAAAGAGCUUCAGCUUCAGAGCUUUUAAAGCAUCCCUUCCUUCGGUUAGCAAAGCCACUGGCCAAUCUACAGCCACUUAUACUAGCUGCCAAAGAAGCUCAAAAAGGACAUUGAACAAGUUCAUCUUAUGCAAUAAUCUCUCUGUGUCUAAAAGGUUGUAUGAUUGAUUUGUAGAAGUUUCAGGUGUGAAUGCAAGAAGCAAAGAGAGACCUAGCUCUUUCUCUCAGAACUAUAAAAUGAAGGGAACUGUCUACUUGAUGUCUUUCAGUGACACUGCUUCAGAAUGAGUGAUCUAAAUGUCAGCUUUACAUGUCAUCAUGCCUGCUGGGACUAGCUGAGGGAAAUGACCCCUCCCCCCUCAACAGACUCAGCCAAAUUGUGAUAUUGGUGACCUUUAUGUCAAAUUUUUAAGCAUUUUUGUAAUAAGAUAUGUACGUAAGAAUAAAAUGUCAUCAUGAUUUUUCUCAUACAAAUAUCAGUGAUUUUAUUGUUCAUUCAUAGCUUUAAUGUUCAUUUUGUUUUUGUUAUUGGUUACUAAUAGUACAACUGCCUCUUACUUAGAAUUUUUAAGUUAUUUUUUUUUUUUUUGUUAUCUGUAUUUGUUUUUAGCUCUACUGGUCAGAGACCAGAAGAGCUUAUGCGAUAGUAAGGUGUCUGGCGUUUGUCCGUCUGUCUGUCUGUCUGUCUGUCCGUCUGUCUGUAAACAAUUUUUCAAAAUGCUACUCCUCCUACAGUUUUGGUCUGAUUUUAAUAUAACUUGGCACACAAGUAGACUACACUAAGAUACAUAAUUUAGUGCAUCGGUUUUUGAUUUCGAUGAACGGUGUUGCCAUGGUUACUAAAAAUAGAAAUUUUUGUGAAAUUCCUUUAAAAUGCUACUCCUCCUACAGUUUUUGUUUGAUUUCAGUAUAACUUGGCACACAAGUAGACUACACUAAGAUACAUAAUUUAGUGCAUCGGUUUUUGAUUUCGAUGAACGGUGUUGCCAUGGUUACUAAAAAUAGAAAUUUUUGUGAAAUUCCUUUAAAACACUACUCCUCCUACAGUUUUUGUUUGAUUUCAUUAUAACUUGGCAUACAAGUAGACUACACUAAGAUACAUAAUUUAGUGCAUCGGUUUUUGAUUUCGAUGACCGUUGUUGCCAUGGUUACUAAAAAUAGAAAUUUCUGUAAAAUUCCUUUAAAAUGCUACUCCUCCUACAGUUUUGGUCUGAUUUCAAUAUAACUUGGCACACAAGUAGACUACACUAAGAUACAUAAUUCAGUGCAUCGGUUUUUGAUUUCAAUGAAAGGUGUUGCCAUGGUUACUAAAUAUAGAAAUUUCUGUGAAAUUCCUUUAAAACGCUACUCCUCCUACAGGUUUGGUUUGAUUUCAAUAUAACUUGGCACACAAGUGGACUACACUAAGAUACAUAAUUUAGUGCAUCGGUUUUUGAUUUCAAUGUAAGGUGUUGCCAUGGUUACUAAAAAUAGUAAUUUCUUUAAAGUCCUUUAAAACGCUACUCCUCCUACAGUUUUUGUUUGAUUUCAAUAUAACUUGGCAUACAAGUAGACUACACUAAGAUACAUAAUUUAGUGCAUCGGUUUUUGAUUUCGAUGAAUGGUGUUGCCAUGGUUACUAAAUAUAGGAAUUUCUAUGAAAUUCCUUUAAAACGCUACUCCCCCUACAGUUUUUUGUUUGAUUUCAAUAUAACUUGGCACACAAGUAGACUACAUUAAGAUACAUUAUUCUAUUUAUUGCUACAUUUUGCAAAGUUUCAAAUCCAAGUGCUACGUUUCCUUUGUUAUAUGUACAGACCAGUAGAGCUACAGUCUCAUCAGAGACUUCUGGUUUUACAUUAACAAUGAUGUCCAUUUCUGCAAAUUGGAAUUUUUAGUUUAAACAUCUUUUGAGGAACAAGUCAUAAGCCAUAGUAUAUGUAUGUACCAAUAUUUGAACGGAAAAAGAGAAAUGAAUGGUUGUAUAUAUACCAAGCUAGUUGACAAUUCCAGUAAGAACUAUAGAAUAUCAUACAAUUUUGUAAUUUUUUGUCCAAUGGAUAACUAAUAUGUUAUGCUUGACAGUUCUUGGUCUGUCUUGGUUGUGAAUAUUUCAAAAGGUCAUUCUAUGCAUUGAAUUUAUUUAAACUGUCAAAUAGAUGGCACACAACACACAAAUAGGAAUUAAGUAAGUAAAAAUAGGGAAAAGUAGAUAUAGAAAAUACAAAAAACUGAAAUGUCAAAAUUAAAUAAUCAAUUAAUCACUCAUUUUUAAAUGUGCAGAUUUUAUGAAAUAUGUGUACAAAUAUGGGUAUACCCUAAUAAUACCAUGUAUUAUGAAAUGCUGAAAUGAAAUAACAGAUCUUGAUCUAAUUAUAUAGUUCAAACUUUGUAUAUGUAUUAUAUUAUAGAAUACAAUGUUUGAAAAAACAUAA